AUGGUUUGCGAGGACAGCACAGCUUGCGAGGACAGCACACCUUGCGAGGACAGCACAGCUUACGAGGACAGCACAAGGACAGCACAACUUGAGAGACAGCUCAACUUGAGAGGACAGCACUACUUGAGAGGUAAGCACAACUUGAGACGACAGCUCACCUUUAGAGGACAGCUCAACUUGAGAGGACAGCUCAACUUGAGAGGACAGCUCAACUUGAGAGGACAGCUCAACUUGAGAGGACAGCUCAACUUGAGAGGACAGCUGAACUUGAGAGGAUACCUCAACUUGAGAGGACAGCACAACUUGAGACGACAGCUCAACUUGAGAGGACAGCACAGCUUCUUGCGAGGACAAUUCAACUUGAGAGGAGAGCUCAACUUGAGAGGACAGAUCAACUUGAGAGGACAGCUCAACUUUGGAGGACAGCUCAACUUUAGAGGACAGCUCAGCUUGAGAGGACAACUCAACUUGAGGGGACAGCUCAACUUGAGAGGACAGCUCAACUUGAGAAGACAGCUCAAAUUGAGAGGACAGCACUACUUGAGAGGAAAGCACUACUUGAGAGGAAAGCACAACUUGAGAGGACAGCUCAACUUGAGAGGACAGCUCAACUUGAGAGGACAGCUCAACUUGAGAGGACAGCUGAACUUGAGAGGAUACCUCAACUUGAGAGGACAGCACAACUUGAGACGACAGCUCACCUUUAGAAGACAGCUCAACUUGAGAGGACAACUCAACUUGAGAGGACAGCUCAACUUGAGAGGACAGCUCAACUUGAGAGGACAGCUCAACUUGAGAGGACAGCUGAACUUGAGAGGAUACCUCAACUUGAGAGGACAGCACAACUUGAGACGACAGCUCAACUUGAGAGGACAGCUCAACUUGAGAGGACAGCUCAACUUGAGAGGACAGCUCAUCUUGAGAAGACAGCUCUACUUGAGAGGACAGCACUACUUGAGAGGUAAGCACAACUUGCAAGGACAGCAAAGCUUGCGAGGACAGAACAGCUUGCGAGGACAGCACGGCUUGCGAGGACAGCACAGCUUGCUAGGACAGCAUAGCUUGCGAGGACAGCACAGGUUUCGAGGACAACACAGCUUUCGAGGACAGCACAGCUUGCGAGGAUUGCACAGCUUGCGAGGACAGCACAGCUUGCGAGGACAGCACAGCUUGCGAGGACAGCACAGGUUGCGAGGACAGCACAGGUUGCGAGGACAGCACAGCUUGCGAGGACGGCACAGCUUGCGAGGGCUGCACAGCUUGCGAGGACAUCACAGCUUGCGAGGAAAGUUCAACUUCAGAGGACAGUUCAACGUGAGAGGACAGCUCAAAUUGAGAGGACAGCUCAGCUUGAGAGGACAGCUCAACUUGAGCGGACAGGUCAACUUGAGAGGACAGCUCAACUUGAGAAAACAGCUCAACUUGAUUGGACAGCACUACUUGAGAGGAACGCACUACUUGAGAGGAAAGCACAACUUGCGAGGACAGCAAAGCUUGCGAGGACAGCACAGCUUGCGAGGACAGCACGGCUUGCGAGGACAGCACGGCUUGCAAGGACAGCACGGCUUGCGAGGACAGCACGGCAUGCGAGGACAGCGUGGCUUGCGAGGACAGCACGGCAUGCAAGGACAGCACAGCUUGCGAGGACAGCACAGCUUGCGAGGACAGCACAGCUUGCGAGGACAGCACAGCUUGCGAGGACGGCACAGCUUGCGAGGACAUCACAGCUUGCGAGGACAGUUCAACUUGAGAGGACAGUUCAUCUUCAGAGGACAGCUCAACUUGAGAGGCAGCUCAGCUUGA